UGGGGGUACUUGAGGGGUGUGUGUGGGGGCUUGUCAGUAUGGGAGGGUCCUGGUAGGGGGGUGGCUUUCAGGUGUGUGGGGUGCUGGAAGGGUGUGACGAAGGAUGCUUGGGGGGGCACUGGGGACCCCUCAUGAGGGGGAGGAGAUGAGCUGGACAUACGUAACGUGCUGAAUGGAGUGGGGUGGGAAAGAGUCUGAAGGCUUGUGAGCUGCUGGAACUACAGAGAUGGGGUUUUGGGAGACUGGAAGUUGUUGAGGGCUGGGUGUGUAUGUUCUGGGUGGGCACCACGUGCGCUCGCUCCGAGGAAGGCCAGCGGUGUCCUGGGCCGCACAAGGCCAAGCGUCCCCAGCAGGACCCUUCCUCUCCUCUCAGCACCACUGGGUCUGCACCUGGAGCGCUGGCUCCAGCUCCUUGGGGAUCUCCCAAAGGUGGACGUGGGGCUGGGCAGCAGCUCGGGGUGGCCCUGCUGGGGCAGGGGGAGCUGAACGUUGGGCUUUGAGCUCCGUGCGACACGCGGUAUUUGUGAUAUUGAUAGCCAUGUGUCUGAGCAGGAGGUUGGAGCUGGAAGGCUCUGAACUUCCCUUCGGUGAUAACUACAAAGCCUUUAGGCUCUUGAUAUUUACAAAUGGCGUUUUAAAAGUUGCGAUGCUGUGCUUUCAGGUGGUUUCUUGUUCACUGCUGAAUCUGGAGAGGUUUACUCUGAAUGUGGUGCUCGUUGCACUGCAGGCCUGUGAUUUCAGGAAGCUGGACAGCACUGGUGUGAGCGCUGCCUGCGACUCCCUCUGAAUCUGACCGGGCUGAGGAAAGGGGCGCUUGGUGCAAUAGGUUACUACCACAUAUCGAGCCAUCGUGUACAAAAACAACUUUUCAGACUGCUUCGGGAGCCUCUUGGGUUAUGGUAACGUCCACUAAAGCUUUCUGUAGUAAGAUCAGAUCUUGACAAAACGGUUGCAUGGUGUUAGGUUUGAACCUGGCCUGCGUGCUGCCCUUAGAGAAAGGGGAGAUUCUGACCAGGGAGGGAGAAUGAACGCUCGAGAGAGGAGCUGGUAGCGAGGUGUGCCCCGCUAGUGCUGUGCCAUUCUGAGAAGGAAACUCCUGCUUUUGGUGGUUGGUUCAAAUAACUUCUUAAAGAACAGCAUUUUAAAAGCAAUCCCUUCCCUCGCCUACUUAGGGGUUUGCAUUUGCUCUCAGAGCCUUGCUUGCAAGCAGAGAAGUUGAGGCAGGAGUUCAGGGUUUGUAGAAGCGUGCUGCCUGCGAACGGGGUCCGAUCUUCUCCGGAGGAGCUUGGGGAAUGGUGCAGAAGCGUCAGAGGGCUGGCUCAGGCGGCCUUAAUAACCCCUAGGCAGUCACUGGGGAGAGUUAGGUGCUCCGUGAGGAUGGAGGGAUGGAGGAACUGCGUUUUGGGUGACUUCGGUUAGAUGCCUGCUGUGGCAGUAGCCUGAAGAGCCUUGGUUGUUGAGAGGCUGGUGAAUACGUACUGCUUGGGGGAGUCUCAUGCUAAUCGUUUUUCUCCUGAAGUGUGGGGAGUGCAGGUGCCUCACGGAGUGAGAAUAACGAGCCUUCAAUCAUAAAUUACAACCUCUUCUUCUAAAGCUAUCACAUAAAUGUUUUUCUCCAGGUUCCGGCUGCUCCGUGCCAGUAAAAUCGCUGGGCUUGACGGGGGGUUACUAAUUGGAAUUAGCGGAAGUUUUGAUGUGUAAUUAAUCAAAAGACAUGAGGACGUUGUCAGAGUUCGGGACCCGAGUUCAAAGGCCUGCCACGUAAAGGCCGUUGCAGAUACUUUGGGCAGCGAGUCACACGCAGACAGAGAGGCCAGAGGAGGAAAGGGUAGGUCAGGCUUCAAGAGCAGGAUCAGAUUUCCUUGGUUAUGCUCAUACCUUGCUCGGUCUGAGACGACUGGAGCUGUGUUAGUCCUCUAAAAUCUGGUGCUGACUACUCGUGGUACGUCCGAAGGACAGAUCUCUUGGGUGAUGUGAAUGUACCAGGUUGUCCUCAUGAGUACUCCAGCGGAGAAUGUCCAUGAUCUUCUUUGCCUGCGUGGUGCGGGUGAGGGACGGGCUUCCCCUCUCAGCCUCCACAGAUUUUCAUUUCAACCAGGACUUCCUGGAAUGCAGGAGAAGAUUAAAGGCGUUGUCCUCGAUUCUGGCCCAAUACCCAAGUCGAGGCACUGCAAAAGGACGUGACCUUAGCAUCCAUUUCCUUUCUUCUGGGGAUAUUGCCUGCAUGGCGAUCUGUUCCAGCAAUUACUCAACCAUCAUGGCGUUUUGCUUCCUGGAAGAGCUUCAGUGGGAGUUUGCUGCUUCCUAUGAUACAACGAGCAUCAGUUUAGCUUCCAGACCAUAUGCUUUUCUGGAAUUUGAUAACGUCAUUCAGAAAGUAAAAUGGCAUUUUAACUGUGCGAGCGGCUCUCAAGCGAAGGUCAACUGGGAGAAGGUUGAGGAGGAGCUGAAGUUCCAGCCCCCGGUUGAGCUGAAGCUGGAGGACGCGGAGCUGAUGAACGGGAUGGCUAACGGUGGGCACGCAGAAGUUCAUGUGGAGGUUGUCCCUACUUACAGAAUGCAACGUGUGACUCCCCUGGGGAUCCUGUCCCUUGUUCUGAACAUCAUGUGUGGGGCUUUGAAUCUCAUUCGAGGAGUUCACCUAGCAGAGCAUUCAUUUCAGGAGGACCAUGAAGUAAUUGGAAAUGUGAUAGCUUUUUUUCUACCUUUUCUAGCCUGUGUUUUUCAGUGUUACUUGUACCUAUUCUACAGCUCGACGAGGAAAGUGAAGACAUUUAUACUCUUUUUCUCUGUCUGUUUAUGCAACGUUUACUUGUACGGAUUACGGAACGUCUGGCAAAUAGCCUUUCACAUAGGAGUGGCAUCUCUGUCUUCCUACCAGAUACUGACAAGGCAACUCAUGGAGAAACAGCCUGACUAUGGAGUAUGAAAAAGACUUUGGGUUUGCUAUUCUGUUUUUACAGCUCAUUUUUUUGUAUUAAAACGGGCAAAAAUAGCUUGGAGUAUUUUUAAAGAUUUGUGACAGUGGUUAUUGCGAGGAGGGUGUCUCAAAGCAACCUGAAACGAAGUAGGAUCCUGUAGUAAUGUCAAACACACAGUGAAGAAUUUAGCUGUAUUCAACAUGGCACGUGGUGAUUGUGCAUGGUAGAUUUUGUUAGGUGUCGUCAGCGGAUGGAGGUUCACCUUAAAACAGGCUCUUACUCCUUGACUGCUACCACCUAGGCAGCAUUUUGCCAUUUGUCUUACUGGCUCUGUAACAGUUUGGCAGGUCGAUGUCUUGGCGUGGAAAUGCUUCUGAAAAGACUAAAAUUGUAUCGUAAAGUGAGGAUAAAGUGGUGGGUAACACUUCUGGCUGUAGACUCUUGGUAAGUGUAAGUAAAGGAGUAGUUUGCCGUAGUUAGGUGAGUUCAUUAUCAAUGGGAAAAAAAUGUUAGGAUGAGGUUCAGGAUAUUUUUUCUGGGUUUUCAAUGAAAGGAAAAGGCUGUGGCUGCUUUAAAAACCGUACAGGUUUUAAAUAUUUCCUGGCUAUACAGCGCAUUUUAGUUAAGUACGUGCUUGUUGGUUAAUCACAAAUAUGCUUGGGGCAGCAUAAAAUAAACCAAGGGGAUAUUAGUGACCUUUCAGCUCAGGUGGCCUUUAUUUCCCCCGUUAAGGUCACUCUUACUGUAAGGGCGGUUCCGUGUUUGCUUGGUCUAUACAGAUAAUAAAUCUUCCAAGCCUACUUACGACAGGCCACUGACUCCUUCACCUUUAGAAAAACGAAUAGCAGGUGAGUGGAAAACCACCUCCAGUAAUGGAGAGCAAGAGCAGGUUCUCUUUAUUAUAUAAAACACCUUUAGUUAAUGGUGUUGAGUUCUUACCCUAAGAAGAAUUUAUGAGUGUGCACUUUUGAAUAUGGUACUUAGGAGCUGAGUUUCUUAACCUCUGCUGCACUGGGUAUUCUUGUAAGUGAUAUGCCGAGGUGCAUAUGGGCAUUUUAGCACGUAUACGAAUACUUCAGGCUGCCUGUGUUGAAAAAAUGCAUAGCAUUUUGAUGCAGCUGUCCCUGAAGGAUUGUAAAGACUCAAACUGAGAUGAUGUAGGGAACUGUAGGUGUGUUAUUGUCCCAGUAAGGUCCUAGAUUUCUUUAUUUUUUUAUUUUUUCUGGUGACCCCAUUUCCUUCACCAACAGUCUCUCACCAAAGACUUAUUUUUCUCUUGCAUAGUCUCUACCUCUAGUGGUUGCAAAGAGCUUAACACGAUGCAGAGUUCUUUCUGAGUUUGCAGAAGUGCUUAACAAAAUGAUUUCCUUGCAUCUCGGUACAUUUUCCUGAAAUCUCAAGAUACAAACGUUGCAAUUUUCAGUGGACUGCUAGAGUAGAAACACGUGGCGCUGUACCUUGGAAGCACUUUUGGGAUGCAUCUGACAGCAACCUGCAGCCCGUUAUAACCUGAACAGUUUCUAGGACAUCCAGAGACUUGGUUCCAGAGCUUUUUCCAGUAAUAAAAUAGAGGCAUUUCUCUUCCACCUCAUGCUAGCUCACUUACUGUAACAAUUAUGUAAUGAGGUCCUUUAAACCAUGAGGAAUAGCCUAGUGGAAGUGAUGGAGGAAUGUUUUAGCCAGCCAGUUAUGAAAACAGCUAGAGCUCUGUGCCACAAGGUAAUGCUAUUCCGUUCUAGGGGAGUGGGUUAAAAUGGAUUGCCUGUCAUUCACUCCGGCACAAAACUGGCGGUAGGUGGAUGAAUGAAGCCAGGACUCGACCAUUCUCGUUAAGGCACCCAGAUGACCCCACAGAUGUGGGAGUUUGAGUGCUGUCAAGCUUUUAAGUUUCCAUACAGUUCAGUCCCCGUUUUACUUGUCAAGGUUCUCUUUCUGUGUGAUUGGACGCUGCAGGAAAUUAAGCCGUGACGUUGGGUUACAAGUAAGAAAAAACAAAACAACAGAACUAAAUGCACAAACAACCCCCCUACAAAAAAAUACUUAAAAACAACCUGAGAAGUCUCUUACUGGAAACUAACCCUUUGAUAAGGAUGCUGGGUUACCUGGGGUGUAAUCAGCCCAUGGCUUAUCACGGGAAUCUCAUCCCCUGGAGAAAGGAUGAGGCACUUUGUCCUACAAAAGCUGGAAAAAGGGACCGCAGCGGUGCCGUCCAACUCCCCGUCCCCACCCUUUCAGCCUCCUUCAGACGAGAGAAUCCUAAAGAGCUUUACUGGUUCUCCGCGGGCUUGCAGAAAGCCGGUGUGCCAUAGCUUCAGGCACACAGAGCAUUGACAGCAGGGGGCCAGUGAACCAUGAUGCGCUGUGUGUUCCUCAGCCUUUUAUUUAGCUGAUGGGAAGAAAGCGUAAUGGUCCUGAUGCUUCCCGAGCAUCCGACCGCUUUAUCCUAAAGCGAACACCUCUCUGUGCCAGGUGAUGUGAGCAGGAGCUCCGCAAUGCGAGCGGUACAGCAAGGUGUUUAAAUAGCUCGUGUAAUUAACAUCAUUGGAGUUGAUAAAGAUUAAAAUCAGCUUUUGUUCAAUGCUUUCUUUUUUCCUGAGAAUGCUUUGUUCAACAAACUCAGUUGGUACAAUUCUGCCUUCAUGUAGUUUUUUUGGCUUUGUGGAUUAGGCAGAGGAUGCAACGAGGUCUCUUCUGCUCACGGACAAAGCUCUGGUUUGCUGUUUGCUUCAUCCCUUUGCAACCUUUUCUUUUCUGUAAUAUGUGCAACCUGUGCUAAGGAGUCGGUGUGGAUUAAUCUGCGUGCAUGGUAUCUGUGCACUUUGUGGUUUUGGAUUGUGAUUGGGGAGCGAGGAAGAGCAAGCGUUGUUUGAACCAGUUUUUAUUUUGUGUUGUUAUUUAGAAUGGCUUCUGUAUCUGUGGUAUUUAUACAAUUAAACUUUUUGUCCAGUGAAACAGCAAGAGGAAUAGAAUAGCUUACAUCGAUCUCAGUGCUUUAAGAUUUAAUAAAAAAGAAUGACUUGCAGUUUGAGUACAUGAAAUCUGACUCAUAACGUGGGAUUAUGCUGGUGUUGAAUCAAAUCCCCAAACAGGAAUCCAUCCCUUUUUGUUCGACUUCAAACUGUUUAAUGUAGUUUGACUUGUAUCUCCUUAACUCUGUCAGUUUUCAAGAUAAGUCCCUUGGAAAUUCUUUUCCUCACCCAGCAGCAUAGCACAAGGAAAUUGGCGAAGAAUAAACUUCAUUAAUUUAAAAGAUUCGCAGUGCAUAGUCACUUUAUGAAACUGUUUAUUUUCUGUGUUUUUUUUCUUCUCCCAAAGACCUGUUGAGUUUAUAGAAGGUGGGCUGGUACCUUUUUAGACAUUUUUGCACUGUAUUAAUAAUUGAACCUGUGUAAAUGUGUAUAAAAUCAUUUUGCAUGUAUAUGUAUAUAUGUACAUACCUAAUAAAUGGCUUUUUUU